GAAAGAGGAGAGAAUGUGAACAGAAUUGCAUAACAAAUUGGGAUUCUGAGCAUAACCCCACACCCCUCUCUAGUUUCUCCUUCUCUUUUCCUCUUUUUCCUUCUCAAACAAAGAAGUACAACAAAGCCAAAACGCGUGAAAUGGGCAGUGAUUGGAUGAUAUCGUCAUCAUCAUAUAAUCUCGAGUAACAAACCUGACAAUUUGUAGUUUCAGUUCUAUGAUUCUCUCUAAAUGUCCUCUCUGAUUUGGAGGAGAGCCACUGAGGCACACUGAAAGUCAGUGUGAUUCGUUUGUUCUUUAUUGGGAUCAACAAGAUUAUUAUUCUCUGCAAUUCAUUGAUCUGUUGCUAUUGGAGAAGUGGAGGAUUUGCCGGUUCUGGGUGUCUGUUUGGUUUCCGGGAAAAAGCCAGGGGAAAGCAGGGAUAUUUGUCUCUCUCUGAAGUACUUCCAAGCUCAAGUGCUGAUUUUGGUUUAAAUCAAUUUUCUUCAUGUUCACAAAUCGAAAUCACAAACUGAGUAGAAUGGGCAAAACAGUAAUGACAACUACAGGAGGGAGAGACUGGUCUCAGAUCUACACCAUAUACGGCAUGGAUCAGUGGCAGACCUUACUAUUCCUGCUGUUUCACGCGAUCUUCUUCGCAGUCCUCUCCAUUCUCUUCCUCGUCUACUUCAAUUCGGUCUGUGCAUUCUUCGAGUCCUUUUUCCUCUUCACCACCGGCGGCGCAGCAAGAUUUGCCGCCGGAUUCGCCGGCUGCGUGACUGCGCUCUCCGCCGUCUGCCUCUUCUUCGCGGCCGGUAACUUCUUCUACUCCGCCUUGCCACUCCACCACGACAUGGCCCAGCGGAUUGUGAACUCCGUCGGCGACUGGUCCACCGUGAAGCUCGCCCUCGACAUCGGCUGCGGCCGCGGCAUAUUGCUUAAUACUGUGGCUACCCAGCUAAAGAAGACCGGAAGCUCGGGUCGGGUAGUCGGGUUGGACCGGUCGAAACGGACGACCCUUUCCACUCUCCGAACUGCAAAUAUGGAAGGGGUUGGAGAGUAUGUCACGUGCCGGGAGGGUGAUGUGAGGAGUCUGCCAUUUGGGGAUAACUACUUCGACGUGGUGGUAUCAGCUGUGUUCGUCCACACGGUAGGGAAGGAGUACGGGCAUCGGACGGUGGAGGCUGCGGCGGAGAGGAUGAGGGUGUUGGGUGAGAUGGUGAGGGUAUUAAAGCCAGGUGGGAUCGGAGUGGUGUGGGACCUACAGCACGUGCCAGAGUACGUGCGUCGGUUACAGGAAUUGAAGAUGGAGGACAUCAGAGUCUCCGAGCGUGUGACGGCUUUCAUGGUAAGCAGCCACAUUGUGUCGUUCAGGAAGCCUAGUCAGCACAUUGUGGGGCCCGGAGAAGUCCGGCUGGACUGGAGAUUCUGACGUGGAAAAUAGAUAAAAGUAAUUAAUCAAUAUUAGGAGAAAAAAAUGGAAAGCUAACAAGGUAAAGAGUACACAAACAAUUGAUAAUGCCCACCCCCUAGUAUUUAUAAACAUCUGAGGAGGCGAAGCCGAACCAGAUUGUAGGUUAUUUGAAGUAUAUAUAGUUCUAUAGUUAUGUCGUUUUUAUCACAUUCCAUGUAAGGACGGAUCCAUUCAUUAAGGCGUGGGUUUGUGUCUAACUAGCCUCCUCCCCAUACCCUGAAUUUCAUAAAAAAUGGAAUUAUUUGCAAAGUGAA